AUGAAUUCGCAUUUGUAAAUGAAGAGAGAACAAUUUAUGGUUCAGAUUAGAAAGUAAGCUCGAGAGGAGAUCUUUUCUAAAAAGAGACACACGAGCAUUGGGUAAGAUGGGGAACUGGUGUAAAGAUGUAAUCCUGAUGAGACUAUCAAUUUUAUAUAUCAGACUUAUCUGGAGUAGGAUUUCAAGCAUUUGGUUAAAUUGCUAAAAUAAUACAAUAUGAAUUAUUUGAGAUUGUUGGAGGAGGAAAAUCCAAACGACGUGGUUGUUUUGAAUCAAUUCAUCAAUCAUUUUAGUGGUAAUUUGAAUGGUUUGAAGUUGUUCUUGGAUAUACUUCGGAUGAGGGACAUUCCUUUGGAAUUCAAUCUGCCAUCGGAGAGAUUAAUGUGUAUAAAUCAUGUGUUGGUAAUCUUGAUUAAUUUUUCAUAUUUGGAUAGGAAGGAUAUAGUUGAGAAUUUGCUGUAAAAUGAUUUGAUGAAUCUGAUAUUGAAGGAUUUGAUGGACAGGAUGGUAUAACCUGACAAGAUUCUGAGUAAUUUUGAUAGAUGGUGUGAGAUCAUUGAGAGCGUAAUCAAUCUUUACUAUGUAUCAGAUUUGCCUAAUAUUGAUAAACAUCCAAUUUGAAUUGGAUGAUCGAACUGUUUUGUUAUUUAGAGAGGAGAUCCUUAGGUCACAACUCUUCCGAGUGUGGUCUAAGUUUUAUCCCAAAAACCCAAUCACAAAAGCUUGGAAAGCCAUUCUGCUUUUGGAGUGCAAACUAUUUGAAUCUAAUGACAUUGACCUCACAGACAUUCCUCAUUACAACGUAUGAUUCUUAAUCAUAAAACUUAAGUUCAAUUGCAUCAUCUCGCAAUGCACAUUCUUAAUCGAUAAGGUUUAGAUGGAAGAGGAGAGUCUCUACAAGAGAGUGUUGGAGAUCUUGCAAAAGUUGUCUGAAUUCAAAGUUACAUCAGCUUUGACCCUGACUCUGACCAAGUUCGUAUGGGAGAAGAUUUUGAAAUUAAAUCUAUUUCCCAGUAAAUUCUUUUCAAUAUUCACCAAUUUCCUUGCUGAGAAAGAUGACGAUCAUUACAUCCUCCAACAUUUCAUUGAAAUUGGUUUGAUUGAAUCCAUGAUCAGCUCCCUGCAAAACCCAGGAGAUGAAUGUCUAAUCGAAAAGGUGUUUAAAUGUUUCAACAACAUUCUUUACUACCCCAACGCUUUCAUCACUGAAAGAGCAAUCUUAGUGUUCCUGCCCUUCCUCCACAAUUACUUUACUCAAUACUCCAUCAUUAAAUAAGAAAUCUGCAUAGAAUACUUGUAUCUCCUGCAAAAUCUAAUGAAUCAUCAAGAAUUAUCAGACUAUCAUCUGAAUGAGAUCUUCAUUAAUCUAGAUUGCUUGCAAUACGUUAGCGAUAUGUAAUAAUUAUUAUGAUCACUUUAGAUUGCUUUCUUGUAGCUACUUGACCAAAUUGGUAGCUGAGUUAUUCAUGCACUUCCAAAGAUUGCCAGAACAAUUCAAAUUAGUCAUAUUGCAGAAAGUGGAUACAUAUGAUUUCGUGGAAAUUCUAAACAACCAAGCAACUAUACUACAAAACAAGGAUGAUGGAUCUAUCAAUUUAAUAUUGAAUCUGAUAUAAUACUGGGAACACAGUGAUUUUGAAAUAAGUAUUGCUUGA